AUGGCUGACAACGGCCCUCCCUCGGCCACCGGCCAGCUGCCCCCGCCGCCGCAGCCGAACGCUGGCGCUCCGGGCUUCGACAACAGCCAGAACGGCCAGGCGAACCCCUCGCACAUGCCGCCGCCGCCCUUGCACAUUCCGCAGAACAACAACCCGAUCCCUACCGCCAUCACCUCCCCCCUCUCCGGCGACCAGGGCGGCAUGAUGUCCCCUACCAGUGGCGGCCCCUUUCCCCGUCGCAUGGCGCCCGAGCCUAACAAGCGGGCGCUCUACGUCGGCGGGCUCGACCCUCGCGUGACCGAGGAGGUCUUGCGCCAGAUCUUCGAGACCACUGGCCACGUCCAGAACGUCAAGAUCAUCCCCGACAAGAACCAAAAGGGGUAUAACUAUGGAUUCAUUGAGUAUGACGAUCCCGGUGCUGCUGAGCGUGCGUUGCAGACGCUGAACGGCCGCCGUGUCCACCAAGCCGAGAUCCGAGUGAACUGGGCCUACCAGUCCAACACGACGAAUAAGGAGGACACCUCUGGCCACUUUCACAUCUUUGUCGGCGACCUGUCCAACGAGGUCAACGAUGAAGUCCUUCUGCAGGCUUUCUCUGCCUUCGGCACCAUCUCUGAGGCCCGUGUCAUGUGGGAUAUGAAGACCGGCCGUUCCCGAGGCUACGGCUUUGUUGCCUUCCGCGACCGCGCCGACGCCGAGAAGGCGCUUAGCUCCAUGGACGGCGAGUGGUUGGGUUCUCGAGCCAUUCGAUGCAACUGGGCCAACCAGAAGGGACAGCCCUCGAUUGCUCAGCAGCAGGCCAUGGCCGCCAUGGGAAUGACCCCGACCACUCCCUAUGGCCACCAUCACUUCCCCACGCACGGUAUCCAGAGCUAUGACAUGAUUGUAGCCCAGACCCCUGCGUGGCAGACCACUUGCUACGUCGGAAACUUGACUCCUUACACCACCCAGAACGACCUGGUUCCCCUCUUCUCCAACUUCGGCUACGUCGCAGAGUCGAGAAUGCAGGCAGACCGAGGAUUCGCCUUCAUCAAGAUGGACUCGCACGAGAAUGCUGCAAUGGCCAUCUGUCAACUUAACGGGUAUCAGGUGAAUGGCAGACCUCUCAAGUGCAGCUGGGGCAAGGACAAGACUCCCAAUUCCGCUACUAGCGGUUUCGACCCUUCUCAGCAGGCUUACAGCCCUCAGAGCGCUCACGCUCCUGGUGGCUACCCCGGCACUCCUUCGACCUACUUCCCUCAGUAUGGCGGUCAAUACGGUGGUCAGCCGCAGCAGGGCUAUGCUGGCCCUCCUGCGCAGUCCCCUGCCGGCUACAACCAUCAACCCAUGGGCUAUCCUACCGGCCCACCCAGCGCCGGAGGUUACGGUCGUGGCCAGCAGCCUCCUAACCCGCAAUGGACUUCGCCUCCUCCUCAGGGACAGAACUUUAACAACGGUUUCACCGGCUACCAAGGAUAA